AUGCACUUCACUCCCAUCAUCGCACUUGCCGGCCUGGCCGCCGCGGCCCCUUCGGGCCUUGUCUAUAGGCACAGCACCAAUGAGACCGUGCCUGCCUACAAGGUCUCUCGCUCGACCCAGAGUGUCAACGACACCGUGCCAGCUUACAAGUUCUCUCGCUCAACUCUGAACGAGACCGUCCCCGCCUACAAGUUCUCCCGCUCGACCACGCACGACAACGUGCCUGCGGGCGUUAAGCUUGUCUCCCGCUCAGCCAACAACUUCAACAGCACGGGUCUCACCGUCACACCAUCAUCUUAA